AUGGUUAUUCGUAUUAACCGAUUAUUUUUGACUAUCAAUUGUAAAGUAUUAGAUACGAUGAUUCGAAUUCUUCUUGCAACCAAUGAUUGGUUAAAUGGAUUCUCAUUUGCACUUGUAUUAUCAGUCUUACGUCGAUUGAUUAUUUCAUCUGUAAGUAUAUGUAUAUCUCCAUGGCAUUCAUGGUUAUUUCAUUUUGCUUAUUUAGUUUCAUUUUUACCGUCAAUGAAGACAUUUAUUGUCGAUGUGUUACCAUCGAAAUUGUACAAAGAUAAAUUUGGUAUAGUUGUGACUCAAACUAUUCGACAAUAUCGUGGUAUUUUAUAA